AUGGCACGGUUUUGGUCCUGCGGGGAAGGGGGAGCCGUCAACAAGUUAUCUCCGGACGAGACGCGCUGCGAAGAGCAAUUCGAGCGCACUGUCGAACGGAAUUCGGAAGGCCGAUACACCGUUACUCUCCCUAAGAACGACAAUGUUUUAGCGGAACUAGGCGAAUCGAGAGACAUCGCGCUACGACGUCUUCGAGCUGUGGAACGACGACUGGAAAAGGAUCCAGACCUUCAGAAGCAGUACUUCAACUUCAUGACCGAAUAUCUCGAGCUCGGUAACAUGAGAAGAGUGGACGAUAAAGAGGAGGGGACAGUUAAACGAUGUUUCCUGCCACAUCAUCCUGUAAUCAAGGAGUCAAGCACCACGACCAAAGUCAGGGUGGUCUUCGAUGCUUCGUGCAAGACGUCUUCUGGGAUUUCACUGAACGAUGCGCUCUAUGCUGGACCUGUGGUACAACAGGAUUUACGGUCGAUUGUUCUCCGCAGUCGUACACGUCAGGUGAUGGUUGUAGCCGACGUUGAGAAGAUGUUCCGACAGAUUUGGACGAACUUGGUCGACACUCCUCUUCAAUGCGUUCUUUGGUUGGGAACCGAUGGAAGCGCUGUAGCGUAUGAACUGCUGACGGUGACAUAUGGCACCAAAUCAGCAUCGUACCUGGCGACUCGUACGUUGAAGCAGCUGGCAAGUGACGAACGAGAGCAGUUUCCCUUGGCUGCACCAGCGGUAGAAGAGGACGUGUAUAUGGACGACGUUAUAUCUGGAGCGGACGACGUCGAAUCUGCGGUCGAAUUGAGGCGACAAAUCGACGCAAUGAUGAACAGUGGAGGAUUCAAGUUGCGAAAAUGGGCCUUCAACUGUCCAGCUGUUCUUGAAGACAUUCCCAAUGAGAAUUUGGCGCUACCGGAUUCUAAUGGAAUCGACUGGGACCAGGAUGCAGAGGUGAAAACAUUGGGUUUGACCUGGCUUCCCAACGUGGACUGUUUCAAGUUCUCGUUCACGAUACCACCACUAACGGAUGGCCAGAUCCUAACGAAGCGACAAGUGCUCUUCUUCAUUGCGAAAUUGUUCGAUCCACUGGGACUGCUCGGUGCGACGAUCACAGCAGCAAAAAUAUUCAUGCAAAGACUCUGGUGUUUGAAAGGCGAACACGGGCAAUGUCUGCAAUGGGGCGACCCACUACCUGGAACGGUGGGUGAGGAAUGGCGAGCAUUUCAUAAGCAAAUUCCCGCACUGAAUAUGCUUCGCAUACAACGGUGUGUCGUAGCACCAAGAGCUUGA